AUGGUUAGAAAUAGUGACCAAUUGAGUCCAACGGCAACCGGCUAUUGCGGUGAUCCGGGAAAGCCGUCCAAAUCGGAACUGACGCCAACACAGACUAUCUAUAGUGAAGGCGAAACAGUAGUCUAUAAAUGUUUAGAUUAUAUAUCAUUAAAACAAUACAGAAAGUGUGUUAAAGGGAAAUGGAUGGGAAAACAUGCCGUCUGUGGAAAGGCGUUCAACGACAAGGAUGUGGUGAUCGCCAAAGUAUACAAUAAAGAGACUAAUAAGUUGAUCCACGAGUACAACACUACAGCAUUGCUUCCGUGGACCAAAUUUGGCAAUUCAUUUAUUGCCGAACGAUAUAAUCAGCCGUUGCGGGCCUACGGAGCCAACAACUACCGAAUCGAGCUAUACUUGGAAUCGAAAGCAAUGAUACAAUUAGUUCGCAUCAGUCUAUCGGUAGUCAACCGGUUGGUCGACAAUCGGAUAAAGAGUGCCAAAUGGAAUAUAACCAAUGUUCGGGUCAGUCCCUAUCGGAACUGUCUGCUCGACAGUCAUACCUCAGUGAGUCCGUGGGCUUUCAAUUCAACCCGAUUUGACUUUUGGUUUUCAUGCGAAUCGCCAAACACUGAGUCGUUCGAGAAAGAAAUUACCGAUAAGUCGAAUUUGGUUGUAAUUGAAACUAAAUCGGAUGACAUACUGGCCAUGGAUUUGGCCACAUUUAUACUGGCCGAACAGUAUACCAACGAUGGCAAUCCACGGGAACCGGUGUGCGGACUACCGGAAAUACCGAUAGAUAUGAACGCACAUGUUAUCAAUCAUCACGCGAGGUAUGCGCUCAAAUGUGCGCCCGGUUUUACGCCGAUGGACGGCACCGGCAGUAAUGGUGAAACACACGCCAUAUUUUGCGAUAGAGAUAUGAAAUGGACGGGAAGUCUGCCAGAGUGUAUGCCACAGAAGACGUGCCAAAAGUUUGAAUUAAGCGAAAAACAUUUGACAGAAGUCUAUCUCUACGAUAGAGUCUAUUAUUCUAACGACAGCCUAUGGUUUGCCAUCGAAGGCACGAAAGCCCACUUCAGAUGCAAAAAUGAAAUCCAGAUAUUUAUUGGCAAAGAUGUCAGAGUUUGUGGUAAAGAUGGCCAAUGGAGUGAUAGUAUGCCCACCUGUUUGGACACUGAAAAAGGAAUUGAAUCCAAACUAAAUUUGACGACAAUAUCCAUAAUAAUAAUGUUGACACUGAUUGUGACAUUCAGUUUGUCUGCACUACUGGUAUAUUGUGUUUUAAGAGCGAAACGAAUGCAGAGGAAUGGUAUCAAUGGCAAGGGUUUGAGAGAGUCAAACAUUUAUGAUAAUUAUGAGACACAAGGCUUAGGAUCGUACGGUAUGUGCAAAGAUACGGAUGAAAUGUAUGAAAUGGUAGACGAAGAACGGUAUGCGGAUAAUAGACAAUUCAAGAGACAGUCGACUACUCAACAACCAUUUUAUACGCCUAUGACUGGCGGUCCCUAUAAAACCAAUUAUAACGAUAAAAAUAUUUACGACGACUGUGUCGAUGAUUAUGGCCAACAAAAUCAAUCGCAAAGUUCAGCUCCCAUUCAAUAUGAGGACUCGUAUGUAGUCAUGAAAAUGUAUUAA